GCCAGUUAUAAACGCAGCCAAACCCAGCGCGCGAGAAGAGUGGCUGCCUCCUCUGCUCUGCACCCCCACUCCAUCUUGGCGGAGAAACCCUAGGAUUUUCUGAAAAUGCCGGCUGGACAUGGUUUGAGAUCCCGGACUAGAGACUCGUUCUCUAGGCCAUUCAGAAAGAAGGGUACUAUAGCUCUGACAACCUACCUUAGAACUUACAAAAUCGGCGACUACGUGGAUAUCAAAGUUAAUGGUGCGGUCCAGAAGGGCAUGCCUCACAAGUUCUACCAUGGACGUACCGGCCGUGUCUGGAACGUAACCAAGCGUGCAAUUGGUGUCGAAGUGAACAAGCAGGUUGGCAAUAGAAUAAUCAGAAAAAGAAUUCAUGUGCGUGUAGAGCAUGUGAUGCCUUCAAGGUGUACUGAAGAGUUCCGUCUGAGGAAAAUUCAGAACGAUAAACUGAAGGCCGAAGCAAAGGCCAGGGGAGAAGUCAUCAGCACCAAGAGGCAGCCUGUGGGACCUAAGCCAGGUUUCAUGGUUGAAGGUGCUACGUUGGAGACAGUAACCCCCAUUCCAUACGAUGUCGUCAAUGAUCUCAAAGGCGGUUAUUAGGUGUGAGCGUUGGUUAUCAUAUUGUUUGCCGGACUGCGUAGUUUUGUUUGGAUUUGAAUCCGAGGUUUUUGUCAUUGAACCCCCAAUUUUGUCCUAUUUGAUUCUAAAUACAAAAAUGCUUUGUUCUAUGAUC